AUGGGUUCUGCUGCCUCUCACCAAACCCGAGAUGUGACUUUCCACCCCGACGAUAUUGUAAUUAGCGAAGAUGUAAUUAAGCGAAUCAAAAAUGCUGCUACCACCGAGGAUAAUACGAAAGAAUCGUCCAAACCGCAGUAUAGCCUAGGUUUAAAACAUGAACUAGAAGAGGCAGAAAGAAGAUACGAAAAGCUCCUGCAACUAUUAGAAAAACGUAAUGAACAACUGUUCAACGAGGCUGCAGAAGAAUAUACACGGACAGUUGAGCGUUUAGAAAACAAGUACAUGAGGCCUACUCCUGGGGGGUGUUGUGCUGCAGCUGAACAAAGAGUCGAAGAUUGUUAUAAGCAGAAUCCUGGAAAAAUACUUUUGUGUUCCAAACUUGUUUCAGAGUAUGAUCGUUGUGUGCAAAAUUUCCUUGUCUUACAAGUUUUGUUGUUUUUUAAGCACUGAUAUAAUCUAAUUUACAAAGGUUAGAUAUAAAUCUAUGUUACGCCAUUUAUGUCUCUUGAAGUUUAACGAACUUGCGGUAUGUAUGUGUGGCGGCCGUAGCCACGAAUAACUUGAACACUGACCUUUAGUCAUUCUGAUAACGAAUGUCAAACAAGAUGGAUUAUGGAUCUCAAGAUAUUUUGUUGGCUGCCGUCAUAUAAGUCCGAAAGGUAACUUAGAAUUUCAUCAUCAAUGUUCCCCAGAUCCUCAAAUUACAGCGUUUAGUGGAUUCAGGAAAAUUGUACAUAUCGGUUACGAGCUCACAUGUUAAUUUAAAUAGCAUAAUAGGAAAGUGUAAAAAUGUUAUGUAUUAGAAUCAAUACAAUCUGCAAUAAUGCAGAACGAAGAAACAAGUAGAAACGUAAAAAAAGGUAAAGGACGAAUAAGCAAAAGUAACAAGAUAUGAAAUUCAGAGGAGAAUAAUGCCCAUACAUAUCGUCUCGAUAAGUAGUUAGCCGUAUUCCUCAGAUCUUCUAAAUACUGACUUCUUUCGUUGUGAUAACCCUACUUAGUGUUUUCACUUUUCUAUACGAUUGGUAUCAUAAUUUCCUCUCUCAACCAGUAUACGCUUUCAGCUGAGUUGUACCACAGUUGGUUCAGGUUUUCCACUUUAUAAACUUUUUGUCUGGCAGCCUCAUCCACUAGCUACGAGUAGUUGUUUCAAGACACCUAUAUUCUAGCUUUCUUUUUCAUAAUUGCCAGCUUCAACGCCUACGUUUUGUAGUUGUGAAAUAAGAUGAAGUGGUUUGGACACAUACUUUUACGACAAGAAACACUGCCGUAACCUACUAAUUUGAUAUGCAGUAAGUAGCAAGUGCUAGUUUUUAUUCUCAAUACAAACAAAAACUGAAAUACAGGUAAGCAAAAUACAUUUUAGAGUGAUGAAUAGGACGAGAGAGAUUUAGGUUUUAAUACAGUAAUAUGAGUUAACUCAUCCACCACGUUCUUGGGCAUGAGCCACACUAAGUAUGAGGGCUGAUGAUACUACCCGGUUGUCUAAACCGAAAUCGAUGGAGGGGGGUUCGAACUUGGAACUUAUUGGCUAUAUGUCGAAUACUUUAACCAUCAAGCCCUUCCCCACCAAUAGAUAAAUAACGUCAUGAUACGAAUUACCUACCUUCUUGUCACUCAUUUUUAGGUGUAAAUUGUAAUAACACAAAGUGUAAUUAUCUUUCUCUACUUCUUUUAGACUAUGUCUAGGAAAGUGUCAAAU